UCUUGUCCAAAAACAAUAUUACAACAAUUCCAGAAGCCUUUUUUGAUCAUAUGCCUGGGCUGAAGAUCCUUGAUCUUUCUGGCAAUCACAAGCUACAUAGGCUGCCCAGUUCUGUUUCUAAAUUAGAGUCUUACUACACUAAUGUUGGAGAAUUGUGAGUCCUUAGAAGAGGUACCAUUUUUAUCCAACCUUGGAGGCUUAAAAAAGUUAGACCUUUAUGGGACAUCAAUUAAAGAACUACCCCAAGGCCUCAACUUGUUAACCAAUCUAAAAUAUCUUUGGCUUGGUGGAAUGUUAUCUGAAUUACCUGACGGAUUGCUACGAAAUCUCUCCAAACUUCAGUGUUUAGGAGUAGAUGGGACUAUACCAUUGAAAUGGGAGGAGAUUGGAAGAUUGAGGAAGUUGGAAUCUCUUGAUGGCCGGUUGUCUACGCUGGAUGAUAUGAGCCUUUUUGUUAAGUCUGAAAAGUUUUUAAAUCAAUACAGAAUUUUUGUUGGAAGUUGUAGUCCAGGAAACCUUUUCAAAUGUUAUGAAAUUAAUUGUAUGCUAUCAUAUUGAUAUAUGUGAGGAGCCUAAUUGGUUACCAUCUGAUGCACAAGGCUUCUACAUCAAGGACUGCAAGGAUGUGAGAAGCUUGGACGACAUGUCUGGCUUGCAAGAAGUAACCGACUUGCGGCUCUGCGCUGUUGAUGGAUGUGAUGGCCUGGAGUUUGUUGUUUCCUCACACUACUUAAAGCCGCUCCAAAACCUUGAGUCGCUAUACCUUUGUUCUCUGAAAAAUUUGAAUGUAGUGGUUGGGGCAGUAGAAGCAAUUGCCAAGUCAGCACUGCUGCCAGCUGGCACUUUUUCUUCUCUUCAAAAAAUUGAAGUUGAUGUCUGUAGAAAAAUAAAGGAUUUAUUGCCACUUAGGUUGUUGCGGUAUCUCCAGAAUCUACAGACCAUUAAUGUUAUAGCUUCUGAUCAAAUGGAGGAGAUAAUAUGGUCCGAUUAUGAAGGGGGAGAAGAAGCCCCAGAAAAACUCACUCUACCAAAGUUAAAAACGGUGAUAUUGCACGAGUUAUUCGCAUUGAAGAGCAUCUACAGUGGCUCUACUACUGUCUUGAUCUGUGAUUCCCUCAAAAGGAUUGAAAUUCAAUUGAGCGAAGAAAUAGAGAGUGUUUUUUGGACGGGGUUUAACCCACUUCCAACCCUUGAGCAUCUGCAGCUUGGGAGGUUAGAUAAUCUGAAAUCCAUGUUUGAUGAAGAAGUUCUUGCUUAACCGACCCCUCCCACCAACUUUUUCUCUCUUAAAACAAUUGCUGUGUCUUGUUGCCCUAAAUUAAAGAAAGUAUUCUCAUCUGGAUUGCUGCUUGGCCUCUUCCAAUCUCUAGAGACUAUUCAAGUUAGAGAUUGUGACGAAAUGGAGGAGCUGAUAUCAUCAUCAACCUAUGAAGAAAAAGAAGCCCUAGAAAAAAUCACUCUACCCAAGCUCCAAAGGUUAGAAUUAUCUCUAUUGCUCGAAUUGAAGAGCAUCUGUAGCAGUUUCAGUGUGUUGAUUUCUGAUUCCAUCAAGAUUCUAGACAUUUCCAAGUGCAAGAAGCUGAAGAGGAUUCCUUUGCCUCUUUCCUCGCUUGACAAUGGCCAGCAUUCUUCCCUCAAAGAAAUUUGGGUAGACACAAAAAAACGAUGGGAAUCAUUGGAAUGGGACCAAUCCAAUGCAAAGGUUGACCUUCUACGUUUUGUAAAUUUUCACCGUGACAGAAACAUUGACAUGGAAGGAAGAAAAAGAAGAAGAAAUGUCUGGUGACGACAACGAUGAUGAAGAAAAAGAAGAAGAAGAAGAAAUGUCUGGUGACGACAACGAUGAUGAAGAAAAAGAAGAAGAAGAAGAAAUGUCUGAUGACGACAACAAUGAUGAUGAAGAAAAAGAAGAAUCUUUUAGGAUGGGCUAAGAAGCAAAGGAGUGUAGGCUCUUUGGUGAUUGGGCGGUGCAAAUGUAAGCUUUUUUAGCUUCAUUUUUCAUUUCUGAUUUUGAUUCUGAUUCAACUCAGUAGGAGUUUUCAUUUUUUAUGCUUUCCUUCUUCUUUUCUAUCUCAACAAAUCUCUCUCUCUCACUCGUCUUUUCUUUUUAAUAUCUUUUGUUUCUUCUCCCCAUUGGCAGCAAAGCUGGAGUUGGACUUUGUUGCCACAAGAAAGCUGGAGGAAAUCACAUUUGCUUCCACCUGUUAUUGUUGUUGGGUUUUCAAUUUAAUAUAGAUACACUUGCUGU